AUGCUGUUGCUUUUGUUUUUGGCGGUGGGCUUAGUCCACGGGUUUGGGUCUUCUGAAUCCUCGGAAAGUGCUGAAUCUGACUUUGUUCUGGACAAAGCGAGCUUCAGAAUUCAGGAUUAUGUAAAGGAUACAUUGCCUAAGGCGGCUCAGUUCUUGAAAGGUCAAAAGUUGGUUGACUACGUGAACAGACGACAAAACUUGUGGAAGGUAAAAGCUUUAUUUCAUCAAACUUAUAAUCCGAAAGUGUAUUCAUCAAAGUUUAUCAUUGUACCUCCUGAAAACAUACAAGACUUCUUAUUCCUAACAGUAGUUGACAUUUUAAAAGAGUUACAACAUUUUGGUAUUGCUGACUUACGUCAAGUUUUAUAUUUAGGCAAAACUGCACCCAAAGCUGGAAAGCUACGAUGAAGGAGUACGAUACGGUCUGAUGGGAGUAAACCACGUCAAGAACUCAGUGAAGGCUAAGAAGAAUCUGGCAGAAUCUCGUUUCAUGGACAUGGAGAUCCCUAAACAGUUCGAUGCUCGUACCAAUUGGCCCAACUGUCCCUCGAUCCGUGCCAUCAGAGACCAGUCUUCAUGUGGAAGUUGCUGGGCCUUUGGAGCUGUAGAAGCCAUCUCUGACAGAAUCUGCAUCGCUUCCAACGGUCAACUGAAGCCUUUGAUCUCGGCCGCGGAUCUGCUCAGUUGUUGUAAGGAAUGUGGCUAUGGGUAAGUUGGUAAAUUUUAAAAACUUGUUUAUUAAUUUUUAUGCCGCUAAACGGCUAUAAACUGCAGUUUACGAUACUUUAAUGAAGUAGUUAUAAAACAUGAUUUCAGUGUCAUAUUAAAUACUUUUAACAUUUCCUUAUUAGUAUUUUACGUCAGAUUACCUGUAUAUCUUCAGAUGCAACGGCGGAGAACCCUACCAAGCUUGGGAAUUCUGGGUCAGUGACGGUCUGGUUACUGGAUCUGACUACGAUACUCAUGUUGGAUGUCGUACUUACCCAUUCCCGCCUUGUGAACAUCACAGUAACCAUACCGAACGCCCUCAAUGUAAAAAGGAACUGUAUCCAACUCCAAAGUGCAUCAAGCAUUGCGAUGACAACAGAAAGUCGUAUGCUGAGGACAAGUACUACGGUAUGUAAUAUUUUAAAGUACUUUAAGUAAUACGAUAUAAUAAUAACAAGUUGUAAUUUAGUAAAAUAAGUUUGCCUCUCAGAAACAGAACCAUUGAUAAUGUUAUGCUUUCAGGAGAGAAAGCCUAUGCCGUUGAUUCGAAUGUAGAAGCUAUCCAGAAGGAACUGAUGGCUCACGGUCCUCUAGAAGUGUCUUUCGAAGUCUACACAGACUUCUUGACCUACGCUGGUGGAGUCUACGUACAUCAAGGAGGUCAUCUUGGUGGAGGUCACGCUGUCAGACUCGUAGGAUGGGGAGAAGAGAACGGAAUCCCUUACUGGACGAUCGCCAACUCGUGGAACACCGACUGUAAGUUUUACAUGUGUACCACAGUUAGAUUACGAAUUUAACAUGCAGUAUUAUGAUACUAAAGUAGACCUUCAAUAUAUAAGUAUAACUGAGUAGUACCAUGUCUGGGACUACUAUAACAAUAUAUAAAUUUUAGGGGGAGAAGGUGGUUUCUUCAGAAUCCUCCGUGGAGCCGACGAAUGUGGAAUUGAGAGUGGCGUGGUUGGUGGAACUGCCAAACUCAACCGAAACAGAACCAAAAUGACCAAGAACUACGACAUUUACUAA